CAGUGCGGUUAGUCGUGGUGACGCAGUUGGUUGCUAGGUGUGAGCGAGCUGAUGCUUUGUCAUAAACUAAGCUGCACCUCAGUUUACAGUCUGACCACAACAAGAAACGCCAGCUUCUCCCGCGCUGUUUCGGAUAUUCCGAGCUUAAAUAUGGCUUUUUGAAUUUGUUUAGCUGUUGGACCCAAAAACAAGUCGUGCUUUGCUUAAGCAACGCACCUGAAGUACUCUACACGUUUUCCGCAAGAAUGGAGGUUCAUAAUGCUCACCCAGCCCUGCUCUUUGUGGCCCAGCUGUCAGACCCUGCCUGCUCCCAGCACAUGCUUGGACUUGGACUGAAUCAAAGCACCAACAGUCAAAAUGAUGGCAACAUCAGCUGCUGUUUGGAAGAGUCUUCAUGUCUGCCCGGCAGACCCCCUCGCUCUCUCUCACCCACAGGCUAACCACAGCCAAUCACAGGGGUGCAGGGGGGAGGUGUCAGAGGAGCAUCAGCACUUAAUUGAUAUCCUGCAACGACUACAAUCUUUUCCCCCCUCCUCAUUAGGUGAUGGUCUCACUGACUGGAUGACGGAAGAAGUGGAUUUCUCCUCGUACCUCCAAAAUCCUCCUUCCCCUCCCUCUUCCACCAAUGCUUCCCUUCCCCCCUCACCCCUUCAGAAUGAUAUCCAGGUGCCCUCUGACUUGGAGGUCAUGACCUCCCUGCUGCAGGAGGAACUUUCCCAACUAGAAGACUACUUCCUGUCUGAGCCGGUGCCAGAAAAAGGACAGAGGCUAGGAAAAUGUGACAGGGGUCCGGUGCCGGCAGGUCCUCAGCCGUUCAGUCAGCUGCCAUAUGUAUCAUACUCUACAUCUGGCCAAUCAGAAUCCAGUCCACUUCUUGUUACCCUGGCAACGGGAGAACUGGACCUGCUCAGUAUCUGUGGGGGGCCUAUUGGGCGAUCCAAAAUUUCAAGACACACCCCAUACAGCUGCAGUCGCCCCGGUGGGUGUGGUAGGAAAAGAGUCCCUGAUGGAGUGAGGUUCAGUGAAGGCUAUGACAACAGUUUGUUGAGUUCUAAAGGAAACACCUCAGGUAAUUCAGCAGUGAACCUGACGGCAAAUUAUAACUGUGGAGAAGAUGAGCAUCUGGUCGGUAAAAAUUACUGUCUGGGUGGGGCAGUCGAGGUUAGAAGAUGUGGCGUUCUACCCAAAGAAGAGAAAAAUUGCUGUUUCAGUCAAGAUGUGAUAGGUGGUGUGAAGGGUGUUGGUGGAGGGUUUAGUUUUGGUGGAUCAGUUGAAGUUCCACACAAAAAAGAGGAUUUGUUAAUGUAUAGCAUGAGAGAGGUCAGUGGAAUUACCUGUAACAAUGAGGUGCUGAACAAUAUCAAAGCAAGUGUGGAUGUGACAAAAGCCAGCAUGUGUUGGAAAAGUGAGAGCAGUGAAGGUUGUUUUCUUCCAACGAUUCCACAGUCUGAUGUCUAUCACAGCUUCUUAGAAAGUGCCAAUGAACAGGUCAAAGCAGAGAGUCUGCAGAUAGGACAACACGACUUACACUGUAAUUUCCUGGAGGAUCAGGGUCCAGAGUAUCUGUUGAUGGCGAGGGAGAGUGUGAGCCUGGAGUCGUCAGGGCACAGAGAGACUUGCAGGCUGAAGGAUGACCACUGUGACACAAAAUACGAAGAGGACAUCAUUCCCGGCGAAGGCGGGGAACGCAAACAGAAGAAAAGGGAUCAGAACAAAACUGCCGCUCACAGGUAUCGCCAGCGAAAAAGGGCAGAGCUAGAUUCUUUGGAGGAACAGUUGCAUUGCCUUGAAGGGAGGAACCGGGAGCUCCGGGACAAGGCAGAGUCCGUGGAACGUGAAAUCCAGUAUGUUAAAGACCUGCUGAUCGAGGUUUACAAGGCCCGGAGCCAAAGGCUUAAACGGGACAUAACAGCGCAACAUUAGGCUCCAGCAAGUUCAUGUAAAGAUGGUGUAGCAGGGAAAAUGGAGGAGCAUUUUUUAAAUGUUUGAAAUCCUUUUUUUCCAUAACAAGAGGUGUGAAUGCAUGCUUUGCUAACAUUGAUUAUUUUUUUCACUUAAAAUCAACACUGUCCAAUUCUUCCUCUGCUUUUGCACUCUAAUCACCUGAGCCUGAACUGUGGUAUUGCAAUGCAUAAAAUGACAAUCAUCUUUAAUACAGUAGGUCUCACACUGAGGGAAUCUACAGUGUUGUUCUAUAGGUAAUGUUACGCAGGUUAAAUAUUUAUAAUACAACAGUAAAAUGUUUUUUUUAAUAUAGCCUUAAAUUGGAAUUGAUGUCAGCAAUAGAACUUAUUCUUUAAUUUGAAGUUACUGUAUCACUUGCCGUUUUAGUGGAAUAUGUUUUUUCCCUGUAUCAUUUUUUAUUUUUACAUAUAAAUUUUAUUUUUUAUUUUAUUUUUAAAUACAUUUUAUAACCAACAUUUUUCAAGAAUAAUGUCUUGGCUUGCAGUUGCUAUGAAUAUUUUAAAAUAUAAAUGUAACUGCUGACAUAAAUUUUUCUGCCUUAGCAAAGUUAUUAUUUUAAUAUCAUAGACAUUUCAUUCAACAAUAUUUUAAUACAGACACAAAUAUUUUUAAGUGGAAUUGUGUGUUUUGGGUUUUUUUCCAUUUUUUCUUUUAAAGUUAUGUUCAAACAUUCCCGAUUAAUUUGAAACAUUUAACUACUACGUUUUUUUAAAAUUUGCCUUCCGAUUUUUGCAAAUCAACUACAACCACCUUGCAACAGUGGCUGCAAAUAUUUUUGAAAAAUACAGAUUAUUUGACCAAAAACAACAAGUUUGUAAGGUGGAAAUUAAGAGUUUAAUGUUUCUGUGCCAGUUUAUAAAUUGUUUUAAUGUUUUUCUCUCUCUGUCUCUUUAUUUCUCACUAAUUUCUCACUUUUUUCUCACUCUCUGGAAUAGAAAAUGACAUCUUUCAUAAAUUAUUCUUCUCUAAACUGUUUAAAUGAAGGCAAUAUGUUUAUCGGCCCCUGGCCGAUCUGCACUAAUUUGUAUCAACCUUUGUAAAUUCAGGGAGUAGAGUGUUUGAGCCUUUUCUUUGUGGAAACGUAACUUUAGACUAUAAAGGGAUUAGACUUUAGUUUGGGUGGAGAACGAUAAAAUUCUAAAUAAUCAUUAAUGUAGUUGCUGUUUUUUGCUGUCCCUAUUACUGAAGAUAGUUAUACAUAUUUAAGACACUUAUGAACAUGUGUGAUUUAUUGAUUCUGUCAGUUAGAAUCUUGUGUCAAAUAGUUUCCCCUGCGAUGUACUAUCAUUUGUUAAAAACCAAAAAAUGUGUAGCCUAAUGACAGCAUAUCUAAAAGCACAUAUACGCAUUUAUAAUGUCAAGUCAAUUUUGUCAUUUAUGUAUAUUUACUUUGUGUGUUGUCAGCUUUUCUCAGUGUGAAAAUAAAAUCUCAUAGUCCGA